AUGUGGCGCAGCGCCGGCCUCGCUGGCGACGCGCAGAAGGCUGAGACCAAAGAGGAAUUUGUAAAAGUUAGAAGGAGGGAUUUGGAAAGGCUGACAACUGAAGUUAUGCAACUGCGGGAUUUCUUACCCAAAAUAGUAAAUGGAGAUAUCUUGGGGACAUUCCAGAAGCUGGAUGCUAUUGAAUCAAACCUGGAGAAAAAGGAGGAGGAAAUAGAGCAGCUGAGAAUGGAUUGUGAACACUUCAGAGCCCGUCUGGAAACGGCCCAGGCAGAUUGCAUGAGAGAAAAGAAGGAGAAGCUGGACUUGCGGCAGCAGCUGAGCGAGGCCAAGCAGCAGCUCCUGCAGCAGGCAGAGUAUUGCACAGAGAUGGGAGCAGCCGUGUGCACCUUGCUCUGGGGGGUAUCCAGCAAUGAGGAGGCUGUGAAAUCCAUUCUAGGAGGAAGUAAAGCAGUAAAGUUUUUCACAAUCACUGCCCAGACCAUGGAGAGCUUUGUGAAGUCAUUAAGUGAAGACAUGAAACAGCAGGAUUUGGAUUCUGAGGAAAAUCAGUUUGUAUUAGCUUUGGCAGGGAUUGUAACAAAUGUGGCUGCACUGGCGUGUGGCCGUGAGUUCCUCGUCAGUUCCAGUCGGGAAUUACUGGACACGAUGAUGCAUCUCCUGGGAGACAUGAAGCCAGGACUCUGUAACAAAUUUAAAGUGCUGAUGCUAAUGUCACUUUACAAUGUGAGUAUCAACUUAAGAGGCUUGAAGUACAUCAGUGAAAGUCCAGGUUUUAUUCCCCUGCUUUGGUGGCUGUUGAAUGACCCGGACACAGAGGUCUGCCUGCAUGCCCUGCGGCUGCUGCAGUCGGUGCUCCUGGAGCCGGAGGUGUUGGCCAGGUCGGGCGCCGAGGUGCGCGAGACGCUGCCCUUCCAGCGCAUCGUCGCCCUGUCCCAGAGCCGCAAUGCAGAGCUGCAGGCACUCGCUAAAGAACUCCUUGAGGAUCUUAAAAUAUUUGAGUACGAAGCAUAGAAGAGCUCUACAACACCAAAUGCUUACGUCUUUCCUAUAUUUUUAUGCUGCAAGAGUUGUUGGAGAUGGGCUUGACUGAAAAAAAACCCUCUGCCUAAGUUCCUCUGACAGAAUCCUUUUUGGGAAUUCGAAUUAACCUGACGAAAAUUGUACUUGUUGGGUUUUAGAUGCCCAGAUAAAACCUUGGGUGAUCUGGUAGAGAUGGGACAGGCUUAAUUUCUUUGAGCAGAAUUUUAUUGAUAACGGGUUUCCAAAAUGGUCUGUGGUUAUGUUGUGUAUUUGCUGUCUAGAUGGGGUAAAAUAUUCUCAUUCCUUGAUAACAGUUCAUUGAAGUGGUAAACAAUCCUUUUGGUCCAUCCUUAAGAAUUAUUGUACUGUGAGAAAAAAAUCUGUUGCCUUUUCUAACUCUUCUGUGACAGAAUGCACCCCAAGUUCCAGUUUUAUUGUUGUUAUUUCUCACUGCU